UAUGUAAUUAUAUAACAAUAUGAUUUUGUUUCAUAAUUCUUAGGUGUGUCCCACUAUUUUCACACAAGUUUUCACGAUUCUGGGAACAUGCAAACAACACGAUGCUCAUGACACAGUUGCUAUUCCAUUUGUCUAUGCACUGUUGUCGUCAAAAGAAACGGUUCAGUAUGCCACUGUGCUAAAAGCAGUACAAUCUUCAUUUAACGAACACAGGAUUGUUUGUGAACCGGCUAAGAUCAUGACUGACUUUGAAAAAUCUAUAAUCAACGCUUGUCAAGAAGUUUAUCCAAAUUGUCCUCUCAGUUGUUGCUUUUUUCAUUUCGGUCAAUCAAUGUAUCGACAAAUUCAAUCUGUUGGUCUUCAAGCCACAUACAAUGACCCUGAUGAUCGUUCAUUAAAAAUGUACAGUCAUAUGAUGCUAGCGUUGGCAUUCGUACCUUUGGCUGAAGUACCUCGCAUUUUCUCGCUUUUGAAAAAUGACGCGCCUGAAGAUUUAUUACCAAUUUUGGAAUAUUUUGAAAAAAAUUAUGUUGUAGGAGUAAUAGCUAGAGGGCGAAGACGAGGAAUUCUUCCACGUUAUCCGCCAGAAAUUUGGAAUCAGCACCAAGCCGCUCUAACUGGUUCACACAAAACCAACAAUGUAAGUGAGGGGUGGCACAAUCGCUUCCAGCUUGUUAUUGGAAAACAUCAUCCAGAUCUUUACUCCGCUCUCGGUGAGAUCCAAAAAGAACAAGCUGAUGCUGAGAUAAUGAUCGCGGAGCUGAGUUUAGGACGAAAAGUUAGAGCACAGCCAAAAAGAAAAUGGCGGGAUUUUCAAAAACGAAUAAUGUCCAUUACUGCUGAAUUUAAUACAUACCAGCCGUUACAAUUUCUGAGGGCAAUCGCACAUAAUAUUGUUUUGUAA